UCAAUUACCAGAUCGAGUUGUUCCUCCAAACAGAAGGCUUCUUGAAUUAUUGUUUGAUAAUAAUUUUGUCCGCGUUAUAAAGUGAAAAUGAAAAUUCAAGCAAUCGUUUUUUUGAGUUUCAUCGCAUUUUGUGUAGAGGGUCGACGUACCGCUACUCAUAUUGCAAACCCGCCAGUUCCAGAUUCUGUUCGUCGGUAUUUGGCACCAGAACUUGAUUGCUUGUUAGAUCGCCAACCCUGCAACAGUAAUACUGAAAUUACUAAACAUGCUUUUCCCAGCUAUUUACAAGGCAACACGAGUCAUUUCCACAUUAACCAGAGAAUCAGAGUAAAUGCAGUCUUCCGUAACAUUAAAGAAUUUUACCCUAAUGAGUGGAGAACUAUCAAAUCAAAUUAUGAAAGAACAUUAGAUGCAAGGCAAAAAUCAGAAUUGGACAACGCUUUGACUCAACAAGUUUUAGCUGAUUACCCAGUUGAUGAUUUGACAAGAGAAAUCAUGAGAUGUUUCCUCGAAGAUCAAUGCAACUUAAUAGUUCCUAAUUUAAAAAUCAAGAUGUACGAAAUGGCUGCAUAUGGUCGGUGUUCCGAAUGCACAGAUUCCACUAUGGAAUGGUUGUUUAACAUUCAAAAUAAGUUAGAACAAGAUCAGUCUAAUAACUUUGCGAGAGCCAUAGUUGUCAAAGAACGUACGUUCGAGAAAAUUACUCAAGAAAAACGCAUUUUCGAAUGUCUGCAAUAUCCAUCACAAACUGCUAUUGAUUGUAUCCAAGCUAUUCUUUUACCAGCAGUAUAAGUUUGCUUUUUAUUUUUUAUUCAGAAGUUUACUCGUUACCAAUAUAAAUAAAUUUUUUUUUAUAUUUUGUUUGCAAUUGAUAAAAUGUUUUUUACGUGCGUGUUAUAGACAAUCUAGUUUUUAUUUUUUAGCU